AUGGCACAAAUCAUCCUUGGAGGCGGCGAGGUGAUUGGGGGUGCGAUUGCUGGGGUUAUCUUUGUUACGGCAGUGGUGGUCGUAAUAGUCAUUAUAGUAUGCAAGAAACAAGCGGCGAAUCGAGCACGUGUGAUUAAUACCACACCAAGCACUACAGUUACCACCGUGCACCAACCACCACCACCAGCAGGUGGAUAUGGGUACGGUGGUCCCGAAAUGUCCCAACCACCCAACCCGAAUGCUGGUUAUCCCCCUCCCCCAGCUACCUAUCCUCCCCCUCCCGGCCCGGGGGCUGGCUACCCACCUCCAGCUUAUCCUCCACAGAAAUUCUAGACCAACAGACAGAA